AACACUCAACCAUACUUAAAAUGCCUACUGAACUUGAAGAACUCGUGGAGUUUCUCCACUCCGACAACGCGCAAGUCAAGCAGAUUGCACUUGAACACUGUGUGCAAUUUUCCUCAGGUCCGCAGCAACAGCUCUUCGCGUACGACAACUACACCGCUAUCAAGGACUUGAAGGCGUUGAUUCAAGUCAACGGCAGAACUACGGCCACCCAAGCUGCAACCAUCAUGGCGAACUUGUGUGAAGACACCGUGAUGCGUGACUUGAUGGUGGAUGACGAGGAGUUUCUCAAGUGGUUGGUGUUUGAGGUCUGCAAUCCUCUCAACAAGGUUGCCGACUUGAUGUGCAUUCUCUUGACAAACUUGGCCAAGAGCGAUAGUAUCACUAAGGUGUUUGGCUUUGAGACCGAGCAAAUCAAGAACGAUGACUUUCGCGUUUUCCGCUCCAACAAGGCUAUGGACUGCUUGAUGGACUGCUUUGUUAAGGGAGCUGAUAAGACCAUGAAUAAGUGGGCAAACUACGACUACUUGUCCUACUUUUUUGCCGAUAUCUCGCGCUUUGCACAGGGUAGGGCCUACUUUGUCACCGAACAGGCAUACGAUGAGGUCGUGCCAAUCUCCAAGCUCCUUGUGUUUACCGAGAAGUAUGACGCCAAGAUCAGAAGAGAGGGUGUUGCUUCCACGAUUAAGAACUCUUUGUUUGAUACCUCUGCUCAUAUGACCCUUAUCACCGAUGAGAAGAUCAACUUGUUACCGUACAUCUUGUUGCCACUUGCGGGCCCGGGCGAGUUGGAUGACGAAGACAUGUUCAACCUUCCAGAUGAGUUGCAGUUGUUACCGGAAGACAAGAAGUGUGAACCAGUGCAUGAGAUUCUCUGCGUCCACUUGGAGUCAUUGUUGUUGUUGUGCAACACCAGACCCGUCAGAGAGUACUUAAGAGAGAAGUCCGUGUAUCCGUUGAUCAAGGAGUUGCACAAGGCGUUCGACGUCGAGCUGAUCUGCGAGUUGUGCGAUAGAUUGGUCCAAUUGUUGAUGAGGGACGAAGGCUUCGAUGAUGAGGCCACAGAAGACAGUGAUGAAGACGACCAGAUCGUGGAGGUUCUCUAGGCAGAAUGGUAGAUUGGCUCAUAAUAGAAUAUAUUAUAAUCGUGAAUAAAAUGCUAAACGAUUGAGUUAGAUAAUGAAAGACUUGUGGGCUUGAACUGGCA